UUCAGAUUGUUGCAGUUCAAUGGAAAGAAGGGCUUUUGAUGAGCUUGCCUUCCAGCAACCGUAAACGAAAGACACGCCAAAAAAAUGCAGUGCCAUUUGAAUCUCUUCUUUGGUUACAAUUUCACCGAAUUUUUUACUGGUCCCUGUUUUUGAACUGGACUCUAUCCCCGAACAAGCUAAAACCAAACAUGGGGAAAACAACAACAGAUAAAGCGAAAUAAUGCAAAGCCUACGUAUCUCUUUAACAUCAACCUCUUUCGCAACAAUUCGAACCGUUCUAACCAUUAACGGAAGGGAAUGUAAACUUAGACGGGAAAGAAACGGAUGCUAUGAAGCAAUAUCCCAGCUGGAGCGUGACGAAGAUGACCUUUUAAAUAACACUCUUCAAUUGUUGGACUGUCGUAUAUGCGAAAUUCUUCAGGAAAGGACAAAUUCAACUGGCGACGAGAAAUUGUCUGGCAUUUGGGUUCGCUACGUUUUAAAAAUAGCCUUUCGUUACGCAGUUGCCACGUCCUCAAACGGAAACCAUGGGUCUUGUUGAAGAACUCUUUGAAGCUCUGGAAAAGCUGGCAAAAGUUGUUUCCCACAUUUUGAACGAAUUCGAAAGAACGAAUGGAUUAAUUGAAGAAAUGAAAAGCUACGAACUAAAAAAAAAACAUCGCAAAAACAACUGGAACGGUUAUAGGCAUUGCUGGCUUGUGUCUAGUGCCGUUCACUUUCGGAUGGUCUCUGGGUGCAACGGCAGCUGGAGCUAGCGUCAAUUUAGUCACAGAAUUUGUAGACAGCGUUGAGUCCAAUGCAUUCCGAGAGUGAAUUAAGAAACAUAUGGAUGCAUACCAAGAACAUUGCGAAGCCCACGAAAAACUAAUAAAAAGACUGGAGUCUGAUAUUCACGGAAUAAGUUCGGCUCAGCAAAUAGAUGUCCAGACAGCCCUGCUCUACUGUGCACUCUCAGCCGAAGCGGACAAGCUAGACGAGAAAAUGGUUAAUAUUAGCGACGCCGAAGUGAUAAACAGAAGCGCACACAUGGCGGGACUUGCCAUUACACUCCAGCAAACGGGAAAGUCCGCUUUCAUUGCUACAGUAAAGGGAGUAGGAAAGGCUACUGUUCUCGUUAGAGGCUUCGUGUCUGCAUACGAAGCGGUUACACUUUUCAUGGACUGGAAUGGUACCCAUCCCACGAUUGCUGGAGCUGAAAAAGUGGUGAAAGAAUUAAAAAAGAGCCCAAUCUUCAAUGAAUAAAAAGAUGGCAAAUAUUA